AUGUUUUCUUCGAACAGUGUAACAAGGCUUGCUGCUAAUUCACGACAAGUAGAUUCAGUCGUCAAUGAACAACAACCUUUAACGAAUUCAUCGGAAGCACCUCUACACAAAAACCAAACAACAUUAAAAAGACAACUUAGUCUCUUUUCAGGAACUUGCUUUAUUAUUGCGAAUAUCGUUGGUUCGGGCAUAUUCAUUUCACCGCAAGGUGUUUUAAAAUAUACAGAGUCAGUUGGAUUAUGCCUUGUCAUUUGGACAGCAUGUGGCAUUGUUUCAAUACUUGGUGCUCUAUGUUAUGCAGAAAUUGGGACGAUAAUUCCGCUGAGUGGUGCCGAACUGGCUUACAUGACAGAAGGAAUCGGUUCUGUUCAUGCACGUACAGGUGAUGUUUUGGCAUUUCUUUGUAGUUGGGCCGGCAUAUUUAUCUUAAAACCGUCAGGUACCGCUGUUGUAAUUCUUGCCGGUACUCAAUAUUUAUUAUCGGGUGUAAUCAAUGGUUAUACACAACAUCUUCAAAGUGGUUUUACAGGUAUAACAAAGAAGCCACUAGCUAUUGCUUUGGCUUUUUAUUCGGGCCUUUGGGCAUACGACGGAUGGAAAAGUUUGAACUCGUUGACUGAAGAACUAAAAAACCCUAAAAGAAACCUCGGUUUAGCUAUUAUCUUAGCACUACCAACUGUUACCAUUCUGUAUGUUCUUACCAAUAUUUCUUAUUUUACAGCGAUGAGUCCAGCAGUACUACUUAAUUCGAAUGCUGUUGCUGUGACAUGGGCUGAAAUGGCGUUACAUCCUUUUGUUCGUGCUCUGCCUAUUCUCAUUGCAAUCAGUGCAUUAGGUAACGGUAAUGCAGGAAUUUUGGGAAGUUCUCGUUAUUGUAUGGUUGGAGCUCGUUAUGGUUAUUUACCAGAAAUCUUUGCAUAUAUUCAAAGACAACGACUGACACCAUUACCCAGCAUUGCUUUGCAGGUACUAACAUUUCAUGAGAUUAACUCCCUAAAACUUCUCAGUUUCAUGUAUUCAUUGCAUAUUUAA